AUGUAUUGCAUGAAGGAAAGUGAUGUGAAUAGUUUCUUUGCAAUUGUUUGUGGAUAUAAUCCUGAAAUUACAAUCGGAAUAAUGUUGGAUGACAUUUUAAAGACACAUCUGAAAGAGAAGAAUACUAAGAAUUUAUCAUAUGUGGAGAAAGUGGACACAAUUAUAAGAAUAAUGAAUCAACGUAAUGAAUUGGCCAAACCUUUACCUGAUGAUGAAUUUGGUGAUUUUGCAGAAUUUAUGAAAGAUGAAGAGCCAUCUACAAAACAUGCCAAACAACAUUUGUACAUUUGCAUUCAUAAUAUUGAUGGACCAGGCCUUCGUUCUAAAUCCACUCAACAUUUACUCUCUGUUCUAUCAAGUAAUAGAUAUAUUCACUUGAUUUGUAGUGUAGAUAAUCAAUUAUCAAAUUUAUUAUGGGAACCCUCAAUUGAAGACAAGUUUGGCUUUAUGAGAUUCAAUAUUACCAACUUUUGUACAUAUUUUGCUGAAUCUGAAUAUUACUCAUUACAAGAUUUGUACAAUGAAUCAUCUGAUGGAAAGAAGAGUAGUGAAGAGAAAUCACUUGGACCAGUUGAAAUUGUUGCCAAUAUUUUAAAGUCAGCAAACAAGAAACACAGACAAAUUUACAUGAUUAUUUGCAACAAAUUUAUUGAAAAUGAAAAGUACAAUGAAUCGGAAGAAGGAUCUAGCCAACCUAAACCUAGUGGCAGCACUCAUCAAGAAAUCAAAUCUUCUAUGGGUGUUUAUUCAACAGAUGAUGCCUUGCUGAGAGAUGGUUUGUCAUAUCUGGAAAAUCAAAUUAAGGUUAUCAAGAAGAAGCAAAAUACCUUUAUUCCGACCUUGAAGCGAAAUCAAUGUGAAAAACUCUUGGUCAUAUUAAACAAUUCAUAA